AUGGAGCUGCGGGUCGGUGGACGAUUCAGGCUCGGAAGAAAGAUCGGGAGUGGCUCAUUCGGUGACAUAUAUUUAGGUCUUAAUGUGCAAACCAAUGAGGAGGUGGCAGUGAAGUUGGAAUGCAUCAAGUCGAAACACCCGCAGCUCCAUAUCGAAGCCAGACUUUAUCGCGUUAUGUCUGGUGGAGUAGGAAUUCCUGACGUGAAGUGGUGUGGCUUAGAAGGUGAUUAUAAUGUUAUGGUCAUGGAACUUCUCGGUCCUUCAUUAGAAGAUCUAUUUAAUUUUUGCCAGCGAAAAUUCUCUUUGAAGACGGUUCUACUGCUCGCCGAUCAGAUGAUCGCUCGAGUUGAAUACAUUCACCAACGGGACUAUAUUCAUCGUGAUAUCAAACCGGACAAUUUUCUUAUGGGUUUAGGAAAGCGGGGAAAUUUAGUAUAUAUAAUUGAUUUCGGGUUGGCUAAAAAGUAUCGCGAUUCGCGAUCUCAGCACAUUCCAUAUCGAGAGCAUAAGAAUCUCACUGGCACUGCUCGAUAUGCUAGUGUCAAUACCCAUCGUGGAAUCGAACAGUCACGUCGUGAUGACAUCGAAUCACUAGGAUACGUUCUGAUGUACUUUAAUCGUGGAACCCUUCCGUGGCAAGGUUUGAAAGCGGCAACAAAACGCCAAAAGUAUGAUAAAAUUUCUGAAAAGAAGAUCUCGACUUCGAUCGAAGAACUUUGUGCAUCUUAUCCAGAAGCUUUUGCUACGUACCUACGAUAUAGUCGUACGUUAGGAUUUGAGGACACGCCUGACUAUGCUCACCUUCGGCAGCUGUUUCGUAGUCUUUUCCAACGUCAAGGACUUCGCUACGACUACCUCUUUGAUUGGAACUUACUAAAGUUUGUCGUGAGCAUCCGUGGAACGAAAAACUUUUUUGCAAGGAUUUUCGAUUAUCAGACAUGGCAGCAUAGUAUUGUCUGA